GUGCUAUGGUUGUCAAAGUUUGACACCAGUAAGUUUGACAUUUUAUAUCAGUCACUUAAAAAUUGAAAUGUCUCGUUUUGGGUCUACUUCCACUACAGAAAUCAGCAGUAAUAAUGUGAGCGAAUCAAUAUCAGAAAAUACCAAGAAGAGUAAGAAGUAUGCCUGGAACAAUUUUUGUUUUUUUGCCAGCAGAAAAACUAUGAAUUUUGUGCGACUCUUCCCCAACUCUCGUGAUCGCCAAAAUCCUGGAAGAUUGGGUGACGAGUAUGGUAAUAUUCUUUGGCGCAUUCCUAGCAGCUGCAAACGCAGGUCUUCUUACCACCAUUCCUGUCCAACAGACAUCAGCUACCCCUAGUCACUAUGCGGCCGCACCAGUCCAAUACUCAUCAGCCCCUGUCCAAUACUCAGUAGCUCCAGUCCAAUACUCGUCAGCUCCUGCCCACUAUGCAGCUGCUCCGGCCCAAUACUUGUCUGCCCCUGUCCAAUACUCAGCCGCCGCUGCCCACUAUUCAAUAGCUCCAUUACAAUACUCGUCAGCUCCUGCCCACUAUUCAGCAGCUCCGGUCCAAUACUCGUCAACCCCUGUCCAAUACUCAACGGCUUCUGCCCGCUAUUCAGCAGCUCCAGGCCAAUACUCAUCACCUGUGAAAUACUCACCCGCUCCAGUCCAAUACGCAGCUGCCCCAUCAUUUGCAAAAGUAGCAUCGCCAGUCUACCACGCUCAGGUCCCAUCAGUCGCCAAGGUAGCUGGAUCUGAGGAUUACGACCCCAACCCCCAAUACAACUAUGGGUAUGAUGUCCAGGACGGUCUGACUGGAGACAGCAAGAGCCACAGUGAGCAGAGGCAGGGGGAUGCAGUCCAAGGCAGCUACUCAUUGGUGGAUCCAGAUGGUCACAGAAGGACCGUAGAUUAUACCGCCGAUCCCAUCCACGGGUUUAAUGCCGUGGUCCGUAGGGAACCUCUACAUGCGCAUGUCGCCAAAGUUGCAGCCCCUGCUGUGGCUGCAUAUGCUGCUGCUGCUCCGGUAUACCACCAUUAGAUUUCCGUCUGUUAAGUUAUUUCUGUAGGUUCGAAAUAUAUUUUUUACGAUUUA